UGUGACAGCUCAGUAAGCAGCUGAAGUCUUGGGCUGCGGCGGAAUGGACGGUUUGGACGUCCACCGGGAUGUUCUCUGACAGUGUGUGGCCGCAUGGGAGUCUGUUUAAGAUAGAUGUAUGUAUGUAUGAGUUUGUGUGUGUGUGCGCACAUGAGUGAGGGGGGCAUACAUGCAGAGGCAGCACAAUGGCCCUGAACCGAGUGUCUCAGCUCUGCCACGAUAUCACCCGGCUGUGGCUGCACCUGAAGAUGAUCACAGACGACCUUCUGCAGCCGGAGGAUGGUCCUGUCUGUGCAGCUGAAAUUGGAUCUGAGCUUCAGAAGCAGUUUGCCAUCCUUCCAGGGGGCCGCGGGAUGAAUGGCAGCCCCAUCAUCAUCUUCCCAGAGUUCCCGGCUUUUAACGAGCUCGAGGAUGGAGAAAUCCAAAACGUGCUUGGCUACCUCACAAGUGUGCCUAGCGUCGCCGCGUCAGGAGUGGGUUUCAUCUUGGUAAUCGACCGACGGCAGGACCGAUGGGCCACCGUCAAAGCCACCCUGCUUCGCAUUGCAGGUUCGUUUCAGGGGAACUUGCACUUGGUUCUGGUGUUGCGUCCCACUACUUUGUUCCAGCGGACUCUCUCGGACUUCCUGUUCAAGUUCAACAAGGAUGAGUUCAAAAUGAAGGUGGUGAUGCUGAGUUCGGUGACUGAGCUCCAUGCAUAUAUUGACCCAGGACAGCUGACCACAGAGCUCGGAGGUACACAGGAGUACAGCCAUGACAGCUGGAUCUCACACCGCACUGCCAUUGAGGCGUUUGCCCUCAUGGUGAAGACCACGGCUCAGACCCUGCAGUCCUUUGGAACUGAACUAGCCGAGACAGAGUUGCCCAAUGAUGCCAAGGCCACAACCAACCUGCUGCACACACACACUUUGAAGAAAGAUAAGAUGAAGGAGGACCUGCAGGUGGCAUUAUCCCAAGGAGGCCGCCUUUUAGAAUGUAUCAAUGAGCCUCUGCAGACAGAUCCUGAAUACACCAUGACUCAUGAUGAGAUGGAGAACUUGGCUACAGUGCAGAGACUCCUGGGUCAGCUGGACGAAACGGAGACGGCUUUUGAUGAUUUCUGGGAGCGCCACGUCACCAAGCUGGAGCAGUGUUUGCAGCUCCGCCACUUUGAACAGCACUUCCGUGAAGUGCGAGCCCAGCUGGACGUGUUGUCCCAGCGGCUGUCAGGGUUCUCUGAAGUGAGCGUCAGCCCCGCACAUGCUGAGCAUGUCCUCCGAGAGCUCGGCAGCCACGAGGACAUGGCCUGUGACUUGCUGGACCUCGCCCUGUCCCUUGCUGCUGAAGGGGACAGGCUGAUAGAAAAUGCUCACUAUGCGGAGGACUCAAUCAGGCCUAAGUGCAGCGAGCUGAGAGGAGUGUGUGAGGAGAUCAGCUCGACCCUGAUGAGCAAGAAGAGCCUUCUGCUCAGGGCUUUGGAGCUUCACCAUGCUCUGGAAAAGGCUUCUCUAUGGUGUGAGGAUGGUAUCUUCCUAUUGGCUAGCCAGCCUGUGGACCGCUGUCAGUCUCAGGAUGGAGCUGAGGCAGCUCUGCAAGAACUGGAGCGCUACUUGGAAACAGCGGUGUCGCACACCCUCACAGACCGCAGCGCCAUCUGCUGCCAGUACGAGGCAGUGCUCAACGCUCAGCUCAGGGACCUCAUAGAGCGAGUUUUCCAGAAGCAAAGCUCUGUUCAGGAGAUGUUUGAAAAGAGACGCGUCAGCCUGAAGAAGCUUGCUGCCAAGCAGACUAGACCAGUCCAGCCAGUAGCUCCGAGACCCGAGGUCAAGUCUCCACUCUCAUCUCCUAGUCAAGAGAGAAAAGAGAGGAGAUAUUCAGCAGAUAGUGCCCUCUGCAAAAAGGUGGAGUCUCCCAUGCAUAAUGGUGGCACAAGGCAUGCUUCUCUUUCAGAGGAAGAAGAAAACCUGGCAGUACUUCGGCGUCAUGUGAUGAACGAGCUCCUGGAGACAGAGAGAGCAUAUGUGGAAGAGCUUCUGUGUGUGCUCGAUGGCUACGCCGCGGAGAUGGACAAUCCUGCCAUGGCUCACCUCAUCCCCAGCACUCUGCUCAGCAAGAAGGACGUCCUGUUUGGAAACAUGUCUGAAAUCUACCAGUUCCACAAGAGGACAUUUCUAAAGGAAUUGGAAGCAUACACUGACUGCCCAGAACUUGUUGGCCGCUGCUUUUUAGAACGGAUGAAGGACCUCCAGAUCUACGAGGCUUACUGUCAGAAUAAACCUCGCUCUGAGAGUUUGUGGAGACAGUGCUCAGACUGUGCCUUCUUCCAGGAAUGCCAGAAGAAGCUGGAACACAAACUCGGGUUGGAUUCCUACCUCCUUAAACCUGUCCAGAGAAUCACCAAGUACCAGCUACUGCUUAAAGAACUGUUGAAGUACAGUAAGGGCCGUGACGGCUGUGAUGACCUACAGGAAGCUCUCUCCUCCAUCCUGGGGAUCCUGAAAGCUGUUAAUGACUCCAUGCACCUCAUUGCCAUCACCGGAUAUGAGGGUAACCUGUCAGAGCUGGGUCGUCUGUUAAUGCAGGGCUCCUUCAGCGUGUGGACUGAGCACAAAAAAGGCCACGCCAAGGUGAAGGAUCUGGCCAGGUUCAAGCCCAUGCAGAGGCACUUGUUCCUGCAUGAGAAGGCCCUGCUGUUCUGCAAGAGGAGAGAGGAGAACGGCGAGGGCUAUGAGAAGGCUCCGUCUUACAGCUUCAAACACUCCCUGAGUAUGAGUGCGGUGGGCAUCACAGAGAACGCCAAAGGAGACAACAAGAAGUUUGAGAUUUGGUGCAAUUCCAGAGAAGAAGUUUUUAUUGCCCAGGCACCAACACCAGAGAUUAAAACAGCAUGGGUGAAUGAGAUCCGUAAAGUCCUGACUCAGCAGCUUAAAGCCUGCAGAGAUGCAAGUCAGCAAAAGAGCUCAGACUCAGUUUCUCCAAGUACCACCAGCAACAACAUCUCCAUCUCCCUCAGCCCCUUCCGAAGCAGCGGUCAGAAGAACCAGAAGAAGCAGGAGGAGAAGAAGGCAGAGGCGAGCCAGACCUCUGACACCAACUCGUGCUCUUCACCGAAACACAAAGAUGAAGCUGUGACCAGCCCGACCACUGACAGGUCCUCAGUGGCUAAAAAGCGUUUUACUUUGCAGGGCUUCAGCAAUCUCAAGAGCCCGAAAGGCUCAGCUCUGAGCCCUGAGCACGGCUCCAAACGCCACACGGUCAAGAGUGACCCCACACCGUUUGGGUUCAAAGAGCCAGCUCCACACACCACUCUGAGCAGAGUCAAAUGGAUGAGUACCUCUAGUCUGUUGCAGAGCAAGCGGCAAGGCUGGAACAAGGCAUCUCUCUCGGUGGAUGCCUCAGAGGAGAAUGAUGGCUACUCCAGCGGCGAGGACCCCAUAAACUCAGACACUGAGGAUGAUGUGGUAAAGAAGCUGGCUCCGGGAAAGUACACAGUGGUGUCAGACUGCGAGAAGACGGGACCUCAGGAGCUGUCUGUCAAGAGUGGGGACAUGGUCCAGCUGAUCAGGGAAGGAGAGGAGGGACAAUGGUUUGUGAAGAACCUUCGCAGCAGUAAAGAGGGCUGGGUGGCAGCAGCCAACCUCCUCAGCCUCAUCUCAGAGUCCAAGUCGUCCCAGUCCCUCAGCAGCUCAGAUGGCAGCGUCUCUGGGAACCUCAGCACUUCCUCCAGCUGCAGUGAGACAUACACCAGCUUUUCUGACAUCAAACCCUGAUCAUCGUCCAACCUCCACUGCUUUAUCUAAAACUAUUUCCCGGUGGAGACCGAGUUAAAACUGACUCUGAGAGCAGCACACAAUCAAGUGUGUUUUUAUUUAUGCUUUUUGACUGACAAUGACAUCCACUAUGAAAUAUCUCUUCAGCUGAAUCUAAAUUCAACAACGUCAUGCCUUCAGGGAUCAGUCAUUCCUAAUCAUAUAUGUUGCAGUCAUGUUUGUACCAUCUUCUGUCAAUCCUGCUCUAAAAAUGCAAAAUAAUGUUCUUAGUUUACUGGACGGGUGUUCAGUGCCAUAAUGUGAUUAUGUAGCAUCGAAGUGGGCAGUUAUGAAGAACAUCUGCACUGAAUGAAGCACUGCUGGGGCUGCAGGUUGAGGACAUUGCAGCAUAGCAACAGAUUCUUGUUUGGGGCACUCACCGAUACUAUCAGACAAAUAUUUCACGCGAUAUAUCGGCCUUAGUGUCAGACACUGAUUGUACACUGUGAAAACUAGCAGGUGGCUGCAACAAGAAAAAUGCCCUUGGUAAAUCUAGCGGCAAAGCUGAGCAGGUUGAGGGUUGUAACCUUUUGUAAGUCGGACACAACUGGGGCAGAGGGUGUGACGAUAGUGACACAAUGCGCUUGUAAUCCUCUCAGAUAUCCUAAAAGAAGAAACACACUCGGAUGUAUCACCAACAGUGCUACCUGGUGGUCACACAGGCCUUGCACUUUUCCACCAACUUUGACCGGCAGUUUGGCCAACUUUUUAACCUCUUUGUUUUUGAAAGAGGGAUUCAGUGACUUGCCUCUGCACUGCUUCGCAUUUACCUCUCAGGAAACCCAAGAGCUUACAGGAGCAGGCAGGUGUGACUGCAUAACUACAGGUGUUGGCUAAAUGUAUGUGCGUGCACAUUCUUGUCUGCGUGUGUGUGUGUGUGUGUGUGUGUGUGUGUGUGUGUUUCAGAACAAAUUCAUUACACCAGAAAUACAGAGACCCAAGACUUUUUCCAAACUUUAUAAAGCUGCUUUCCAGCUUUGUGAACUGUUAGAAAAUAGCCACCCAAAUCUCAACACUCUAUAUGUUUGUUUUUGUGUCACUGUGCUCACCUAUAUUUGGUGUGCACAAAAGCAAGCUUUGUUCUCUCCCUCUGCUCCCAGCCCCAUUCAGGCAUGUGACAGUGGCCACUUUUCUACGUGCAGGGCCAGCCGAGGCACAGACCUGCUCGACAUGUUUGCAACUCCAGCUAGAAAGCCUCAUUUGCUAGCCUGACAACUAAAUGUAGCUGAUCACAAUCGAGUUUAAAAAAAAGAAAAAGAAAAGAAGAGACAGUCAUACUUUUUGUGGGAUUUAUACAACAUGGGUAGUGAGUAUUAUAGGCUAACACACCUCUGUGGAACUUGUGCUGUUCCAAACACUGAAUGACAUCUUCUCUCUUCCGUUUUCUAAGAGUAAACAUGCUUUUUAUAGCUCAACAUUUCUACUUUAUCUGCGGGGCACUGUUAAACACUCUUCCUAUUUUUUAAUCAGUCAGGAAAGUGCAGGACACUUUUGCACUAAAACCAACCCCACCUGCUUAUUACUUGUCCCUAUUAGCAACCACCACAAUGCCACUUUUGUUUAGUGAAAUGGGGCUUUGCUCAUUUUGGUGUCCUCCCUGUAAAGAUAAAGAAAAAGGAAGAAGCUAGUUUGCAGGCCUCUCAGUGUCAAACCUGUGAGUUUCUGGCCUUCUGUGUUCAUAAGUGUUACGCAUAUCUUCUCCAUACCUCACACUGUUUUUCUCAAGAGCAUGUAAACUGUUUGGAGGAUCAUGGUUAUUGUGAGUGUUCUUGUCUCAUCUUCACCCUUUGUGGCAUGUUAUUCACAGUUCCACUGUUAAGACAACAAGGCAAAUGUUUUCUACCUGUUGUAAUAUUGUGAGAGUUUAUUUUCUGCCCUCGUAAUAUGGCUGACAUGGGCACUAAACUUGUCAGUGUUUGAUCAUGGUCACACAAUAAAGUUUACUGAGUUAUUUGUACUUUUUGACUGAGGCAGGAGCAAUGAGAAAGGGUUAUAUUUUUUUGUUUCUGUUUAUGCAGCACAUUGCAGCAACCACUGUCUUUAUUUUCUUACUGUAUAUCUACUGAGUAUGGUGGUGAAAUCAAAUGUCAUUAUGAGGCAUAUCUGUAUAUUUGUAAAUAUGUAAUUCUGACUUGUAUGUAAAAAUGAAAAGCAGCUUUAAUAAAGUCUGAGAUGGUUUCUCUACAUGAUCUUCGCCUUUAUUGUG